AUGCGGGCGAGCAAGCUGGCUCUCGCGACCGAGGAGUCGCCCCUCCUGGGAAAUGCAAGCAAUGGCUCGUAUCAAGCAUCCUCUCGCUCUCCAGCCGAUGUCGAAGACGGUCGCAACAACGCGCUCAAAGGGACCGAUGAGCCCAAAGAUGGCGACCCGGUCAUGGCCAAGAAGAUGCACCUAAUACUUCCCGCUGUGGGUGUCGGGAUCUAUCUGGUCGCAAUUGAUCAGCUCCUAGCCGUUGCGACGGGCACGAAGAUUGGCAAUGAGCUCAACUCGCUCAACAACAUAAGCUGGAUCGCCACCUCCUACUUUCUCACCCUCACAAGCUGUCAGCCCUUGUACGGCAAGCUCAGUGACAUCUUCGGCCGGAAAGAGUGCCUGCUCUUUGCCUAUGCCGUCUUUGGCGUCGGCUGCUUGGGCUGCGGCCUCGCGCAAAACAUGCUCCAGCUGUGUGCCUUCCGCGCGCUCGCUGGGAUCGGCGGCGGUGGCAUGAACUCCGUCGUGGCUAUCCUCCUCUCUGACAUUGUGCCCCUGAGAGAUCGUGGCAUCUGGCAAGGCUACAUCAACAUCAUCUUUGCCGCCGGCACCUCGACUGGAGCUCCACUCGGCGGAAUUGCAGCCGACUAUCUCGGUUGGCGCUGGUCCUUUAUCUUGCAAACGCCGCUUUGCGUGGUUGCAUGGCUUGCCGUCUACUUCGUUCUCGACAUCCCGCCUACGUCGCACGACCAUUGGCUCGCCAAGCUGCGACGAAUCGAUUUCCUGGGGGCUUUCACCCUCGUCCUGGCCGUCGUCGCCCUUCUCGCCGGGCUAGAUUUCGGCUCUAAUUUCGGCUGGUCUCACCUCUUCACCAUCGUGUCUCUGUGCCUGACCUUGCCUCUGUCCGCCCUCUUCAUCUUUGUUGAAACCAGAGUCGCUACUAAUCCUUUCGCCCCGGGUCGCAUCAUCUUCGACCCCAACAUACUGGCAUGCUACCUCGCCAACUUUUUCGGGUCGGCCGGCUACUUCGGCAUCUUAUUCUUCCUGCCACUCUAUUUCCAGGCUGUGGAGGGCUUCAGCGCGACCAUGAGCGGCGUCCUGCUUGUGCCCGCCAUGAUUUUCAGCGUCGUCGCCUCACUUGGGGGCGGCGUGUUCCCCAUUAUUCUAUCGGUCUGGCAUAGGUUUACCCCGGGCGAGACGAUUGGGCUCAUAAUGACAGCCAUUGGUGGAGGUUCCGGUAUGACGACCACGCUAGUUGGCCUCCUCGCCCACGCACGCCCCAAAGACAGCGCCAUGGUCGUUGCCUGCUCGUACCUCUUCCGAUCUCUUGGGUCCAGCAUUGGCAUCAGUGUCAACUCUGCUGUGCUUCAGCAGACCCUUAGACUACAGCUGUUUGCGCGCUUGGAUAGCGGGACGGAGGCGCGUGAGAUCGAGGAGAGGGUUCGUCAGAGCCUCGACUGCAUCAAGGAGCUUCCUGGCCAAGUGGCCGAGCAGGUGAGGGCCAGUUACCAGGUAGCCACACUCGGCGCUUUGAUGCCAACUCUGUUCUUUGUUACAGUCAGCUUCAUAGUAACGUUUUGGGUGAAGGAAAAGGUCCUCAAAAGGUAG